GAGCAUGUCUGAAUGCAAAACAUGUCAGACAUUGAAGUGGAUGGGCUACAGCAGCAGAAGACCAUGAAUGUACACUCAUUGGCCACUUUAUUAAGAAACUGGUCACUGAGUGUAUGUAAUAUUAAGAUGUUCCAGGUGUGUCUGUUUUAAUGAAUUUACUGAUGACAUUACAAGAUAAAGAAUGACAGCCAAAUGUGUGCUAUUGGUGCCUGGGAGGAACAAUAACGAAACUCUCAAACCUCCAGCCAAGGAAAUUGAAGAGGAAGAGGAAUAUCUGGAAAUCUUUAUGAUCAACAGGUACCAAGCAGGUGCUUACCAAUGCAGAGCUGCCAAUGAAGUUGCUUCUCCUGAUGAGAAACAAGUCCACAUCACUGUCAAUUAUGCUCCUGCUAUUAAAUAUGCCCAAAGUGCAGACGUUGCGGUGGGCCGUACUGGGAUGCUUCACUGUGAGGUUUCUGCUGUUCCACCGGCAGAUUUUGAGUGGUACAAGGAAGACAAGCGGAUAUAUAACAGCUCGCAAGGCAUCCAAAUCCAGACCAUGGAGAGUCGAUCCAGUCUCAUUGUCACCAAUGCAACUGAGGACCACUAUGGCAACUAUACAUGCGUGGCAGGCAACAAACUGGGAGUUACCAAUGCAAGCAUAUUUCUAUACAAAAGUAUCCUGCCAACUAUUCCAAACCCAGUUCAAGAAACCACUUUCUUGCAGACUAAUCAUCAAAUGUUGUUGCAAUGUUUGUUGACAUCUACAUCUGCCAGUCACUUGGAAGUGAACAAUUAUGAUCUUAGUUUUAUGAAAGAUCACAAGCCAGACACAAAACCACUUCUUUUUCUAUGGAUUCUGCCUACCCUGUUAACACUUCCCAGAAUUUUCUGCUCUCCUAUUAGUUUCACUCCAUCUUAUCGUCUUUUUAAAAAUAUUCCAGAGGUCUUCAAUCCAAAACAUUGCAUCUAG